AUGCUUGAAAUACAAAUAUCCGGUGAGAAUUUUUCAUCAUCAUCUAUUGCAUUACCUUCAUCAGAUACGAAUGAAGAUAUUCAUGUUAUAUUAAGUGCAAAUGGUCGUUUAAAAAUCAUUCCAUCUCUAUGGACUUCAAUAUUUACCGAUACUCGUUUACGUCGUCUAUCAUUAAUUGAUCUUCAAUUAUAUGAAAGUGAUGCUCAAAUUUUAGCUAAAUAUUUACGUGAACAAAUUUAUUUAAUUGAAUUAACUUUUAAUUCAGUUCUUCUACAUGUUUAUUCAUUUGAUCAUAUUCUUAAUGAAGGCUUACAAAAAAAUAAAAGUAUACAAAAUUUAACAUUGACUAAUUUAGACAAUAUUGAUGCUGCAACUAUUGCUAGUCUUAUUAAACAUAAUAAUACUAUAGAAUAUUUAUCUCUUACAAAUGAUGAUAUUUCACCAGCUGGAGGAGAACUUAUUGCUGAUGCACUUGGAACCAAUUCUACAUUGAUUUCACUUGAUUUAAGUGACAAUCGUAUUAGUGAAAACAUAGCAAUGAAAUUUACGAAAAUUCUUAAUGAAUCACAUCCAAGUCUUACUCAAAUUAUUCUUAACAAUAAUAAGACUGUUGAUGAAAAUCUUCCAAUAGCUGAUCAACAUUCAAAAACAAUAAAUAUUGAAGAGACACCUGAAACUGAACCUAUUUUAAAUGAAAAUAAAGAUAUAANAACUUAUUGCUGA